UGGAAUUGUAGAUGAAAAUUCAACAAUUAUGACUAAGGAAGAUGUAGAACAUAUUAGUAAUAGCUUAAGUUCAUUUACAAUGUCUGGCAACAGUGGACCUUCUCAAAACCAACAGGAAUAUCUGAAAGAAUGGCCUCAAGCACCUGAUCCUAAAAAAGAAUAUUUAAUUUCUACCCGAAGUGAAAGUGAACUCAAGAGCCAUAACCAGUGUUUUCAUCCUAAUAGUGGAGAUGCAUCAUCUACUGCUUUUGAUGUGAAUGUAAACAGAUCUCUUGCAAAGUUAAAUCAAAGUAUGGGUGAUAUGCUGUUUAAACUUGAAUCUUUAAUUGAUGUGGUGCAGGACCAAAGAGGAGAAAUAGAGGGUUUAAAAAGUGAGAUAAAAUUAUUACAGCAGGACCGAAAGGGUACUGAAAUUGCUGAUGAAAGUAAUUUAUCAAAGAAGUUGGAUCUUGUGAUAUCUCAACAUCUCAUUCCUGAUUAUGCCAGAUUAGAGAAUCUAAUUCUCAAAAAUGCAGAAGAUAAUCGUCAGAGAUCUGAAAGAGAACUGGUCAUUAUGUCUGAGGAAGUUUCCAGUACUUUCAGCAAGCGGCUUGAAAGUAUUCUGAAACAAGAAUUAACAAGCAACAUAGUACCACAAAUUAAUAGGGCCUUGGACACGAUUGCUCAGAAGAUGCAUAUUGAUUUCACUCAAAAGCUUACAGCAACAGAUACUAGUUUGCGAGAUAGUUUCCUGAAAUACUUGAAAGGAAAGCCUUUCAUGGACUUUAUGUCACAAUCCGUUGGUAAAUCUCUUGAAACAAUAGUGCAGGCUGCCUGUAAAGAUGCUUUUCAAACAAGUGUUGUUCCGGCUUUUGAAAGAUCUUGCCAUCAUCUCUUUCAGCAGCUAAAUGAAAUAUUUAGUAAAGGAAUUUCAGAAUACAUUCAAAUAGUUGAGAAACGAGGCCAGAUUUGCUGCUCUGCUGUUGAAGCUGCCUCUGCAAAUCUGAAAGAAGAAGUCACAAAGCUUCUUGGUGCAAUGCAACAAGCUGUACAAGCACAAGCAGCACAGAUGGAAAACAGGAGUUUAGAAUUAGUAAAACAGCAAGAAGUUCUUUUGAGUAGCUUACGACAAAUAAUGCAUGAGGAGGUCCGAAAAGCCUUGAGAGAACAACAGACAUCCGUGCUGAAUUCUCGUUGUGUGACGCCAGCUCCUCAUUCUGAUCCUCAACUUCAGAAGCAGCACUUGAUGCAGCUUGUGAAACAGGGAAAUCUGGAUGAAGCUUUCCAACAGGCCCUCUCUGCAAUGGAUGUUCAGUUGGUGUUAUUCUUAUGUGAAGCUGUUACUCCAGAUCAAGUAUUUUCACCUACACCUUGUCCACUGCAGCAACAUGUGCUAUUAUCUUUAGUCAAUCAGUUAUCUGCUGAUUUAUCUUAUAAAACUGAACUGAAAAUCAGGUACAUAGAAGAUGUUAUUGCUAGUUUAGAUAGCAGCAGUCCUAUCAUUAGAGAACAUAUUCGUAACGUUCUAGAAAGUUUACAGCAAAGAAUUGCUAUAUUUUUGCAAAAUAAUCCUAAUCAUAAACUGGUUAGAAAUUUGAAAAGGAUAACGUUGGCAGUACAAUCUCUUAUAAAAUGUCAGUGAUCAAAAUUUGGAAUAAAUUUAGAUUACAUUUUUGAAUUAUGUAGUUUAACAUCAUCAGAAAUUUUAUUCUCCUGAAUGAUGAAGUUUCAUCCUAACAUGUCUGAUAAAUACAUGGCCAUUUCAUCACUGUCAUAAAUUCUGUGUUUAUGGUUUGUGUUGUUUUUACAAACAAUGUAUAGUCUAAAAAUAAAUAUUUUUUACUUAU